AUGACGACCCGCGUGCUGCUCAUCGACAACUACGAUUCAUUUACUUACAACAUCUUCCAAUAUAUGGCUCAGCUCGGUGCAGAUGUGGAGGUAAAACGCAACGACCAAAUUACGCUUGAUGAGAUCCGCAAGAUGAACCCAGACCGCAUUAUGAUUUCGCCAGGACCAGGGUAUCCCAAAGACGCGGGUAUUUCGUGUGAUGUGAUUCGCGAGUUUGCAGGGAAAAUACCCUUGGCUGGCGUGUGUUUGGGCCAUCAAUGCAUGUUUGAAGUCUUCGGUGGCAAAGUGGAUCACGCUGGCGAGAUCGUGCAUGGUAAGGCUUCGGUCAUUAUGCACGACGGUAAGGGUUUAUUAAAGGGAAUGGCUCCCGAAUUCAAGGCUAUUCGCUACCACUCACUUGUGGGGCUGCCUGAGACCCUGCCUGACGUGCUUGAGGUGACAGCCACUGUCAAAGGCACCAACAUGAUCAUGGGCGUGCGACACAAGAUGCACAAAGUUGAAGGCUGGCAGUUUCAUCCAGAGAGCAUUCUUACUCAUGAUGGUCUCAAGCUCAUUCAAAAUUUUUUAGACAUGUGA